AUGGUAAAGGUAACGCUCAAUAACGUUCAAUUGCUCGUGGACAUCGAUUCGGAUCCAAAAUUCGAGCCCAGCAGGACCAGUGUCGCGGACAUCCUCACGAAAGAAGCGCUAGAGUUCGUGGUGCUCCUGCACCGUACGUUCAACAGCAGACGCGAACAACUGCUCGAGAACAGACAAACCGUGCAGAAGAAACUGGACUCGGGCAAAUUCCAGCUGGACUUUUUGGCGGAAACGGCUGCCGUGCGAAAUGAUCCGACCUGGCAAGGCGCGAUUCCGGCGCCGGGUCUCAUUGACCGGUCCACAGAGAUCACGGGUCCUCCGCUCCGGAAUAUGCUUGUGAACGCGCUCAACGCGGAUGUGACCACUUACAUGACAGAUUUCGAAGACUCGGCGUCGCCUACCUGGGCCAACUGCAUCUACGGACAGGUCAACUUGUACGACGCGAUCCGCAACCAAGUCGACUUCAAGACCCCACGCAAGGAGUACAAGCUCAAGGCCCCCAUCGCGAAGUUGCCCACGCUCAUCGUGCGUCCUCGUGGCUGGCACAUGGUCGACAAGCAUCUGCUUGUCGACGGGGAGCCCAUUUCCGCGUCUCUGUUCGAUUUCGGGCUCUAUUUCUUCCACAACGCCAAGGCGCUGGUCGCGAUGGGCAAAGGCCCUUACUUUUACCUGCCCAAGAUGGAGCACCAUCUCGAGGCCAAGCUGUGGAAUGACGUUUUCAACGUGGCCCAGGACUACAUCGGCAUGGCACGCGGCACGAUCAGGGCCACUGUCCUGAUCGAGACUUUGCCCGCGGCGUUUCAAAUGGAAGAGAUCAUCUAUCAGCUCAGGGCCCAUUCUUCGGGGCUCAAUUGUGGUCGCUGGGACUACAUUUUCAGUACCAUCAAACGGCUGCGUAACUUGCCUCAGUACGUGCUACCCAACCGAGACCUCGUCACCAUGACGUCUCCGUUCAUGGACGCAUACGUGAAACGGUUGAUCAACACCUGUCACAGGCGCGGCGUCCACGCAAUGGGCGGCAUGGCGGCGCAAAUCCCUAUCAAGAACGAUCCGGCCGCCAAUGAAGCUGCGAUGACCAAAGUGCGCAACGACAAAAUCAGAGAACUCACAAACGGGCACGACGGCUCCUGGGUCGCACACCCGGCAUUAGCGGUGAUUUGCAACGAAGUGUUCAGCAACAUGGGUACGGCCAAUCAGAUCCAUUUCGUUCCCGAGACGACUGUGACCGCACAGGAUUUGACCAACACCAAGAUCCAGAACGCAGAAGUCACUACGUUUGGUAUCAAACAAAACCUGGACAUUGGCCUGCAAUACAUGGAGGCAUGGCUCAGAGGUUCCGGUUGUGUUCCUAUCAACAGCUUGAUGGAAGACGCCGCCACGGCAGAAGUGUCACGUUGCCAACUCUACCAGUGGGUCAAACAUAAAGUAGUGCUGGCCGACACGGGCGAACCGGUCACUCCGCAAUUGACGAAAAAAAUCCUUGAAGAACAAGUCGCUGCGCUAUCGGCAUCGAGCCCCGUUGGCGACAAGAACAAGUUUAAAGUGGCCGCCAAAUAUUUCUUACCUGAGAUCACGGGCGAGAAGUUUAGCGAGUUCUUGACCACAUUGUUGUACGACGAAAUUGUCACUGUUAAAUCUGCACCAACGGACCUGGCCAAGCUGUGA